AGCCCUGCUCGGCCGCCGCGGCCGCUCUGUCACCUCGGCCACCAAAAACGUGGCGACUCGCUGACUUAAACGGGGUUUUACAAGAAUCGCUCUCGACCGCCAUUUAUUCGUUGAUAUCUCCCGUCUCGGGUGAAGCGAAUGCGCUCCGCGGGGGCCCCGUCUAUCUCCUGGAGGUUGGCUAACCUAGCUUACACCAGCGAGUAGCUUGCCCAGAGUUAAAGUUCCACGCAAUUUCCGCUUGUUGGAGGAGCUUGAAGAAGGGCAGAAGGGCGAAGGCGACGGCACCGUCAGCUGGGGCCUCGAGAAUGACGACGACAUGACCCUCACGUGGUGGACGGGCAUGAUCAUUGGACCAUCGAGAACCAAUUAUGAGAACAGAAUAUACAGUCUGAGAGUGGUAUGCGGAUCUAGAUACCCAGAUGUGUCCCCGACUGUUAAAUUUGUAACGAAAAUAAGCAUGAAUGGGAUAGAUAAUUCCAACGGGGGGGUGGAUUCAAGUAGCGUACCGGUUUUAGCAAAAUGGCAGACUUCUUAUAGCAUUAAAAUUAUUCUUCAAGAGUUAAGGCGUCUAAUGAUGUCCAAAGAAAAUAUGAAGCUUCCACAACCACCGGAAGGACAAACCUACAGCACUUAAUCGCAAUGGAUUGUUUGACCCUCUGUCUUAAACCUUACUCUUAGAAAAUAUCGUGUAAAAUCAUCAAGAGGCUCACUUCACGCAUCAACAAUAUCGUCUGCGAGACCAAGAUUGGACUUUCUUAUUGCAUAGCUCAUUGAAAAGGAAAAUAUCCCUGCAGUUAAGCACUGAAUAGUUAAAAGACUUUAAGUUACCCGCCAUUAAAACAAGAAACUUACUUUGACAAUGACUUUUAUGUUCGACGUGUUUUGUUGCCUGAGUGGGCUUGAAGAGGGAAGCAUGACGCCACGCGGAGGAUGGACCAGAGUCCCGAUAGUGUUUACGUUCAGAUGACUGAUCACUGAAGGAACCGGCGAGAUGUGUGUAUGAAGGCAUGUUCUGUAACUUAAUACCCAGUCGAAGAGAAGCCAUGUGUUUCAGUUUGUUAGUCAAAGUUAGCUGAUUCAUUAAAAUAUCAUGCAGAUUGCUAAAUAUUUAACUGUGG